AUGCUUUGCCGAAUACCCGACAACCAGAAUUCCUUUGAGCUCGGUCUCGUGUUCUUUGGCAGUACUGUGACUGACAUGCUUCAAACUACUGGUUCUCUCGCGUCGUUGGCUUUUUCGCGUGUAUCCACAUGGCGAGCCCUACAAGGCAUCGGUUUUGGCAAUUGGUCAAAACAGCCAAUGGACUACCAGUAUACACCAUGCAAGCUCAUGACUGAUCCCGCGAGCCCAGAAGGCGUACAGAACCCUUUGAUGACUUUGGAUCAACCCAAAUCGGCUGAAAUCCCUGAAGUAGCCAUCGUCAACGACCUCUAUCUGCUCGACCACUAUCUGCUGUACGGGGGCCAAGAUUCCGCAUUGAUUCCACAUCUCGCUUAUGCCAUGACUUCCGGGAUCCCCAACUUGGCAGCCUAUCACAGAGGCCUACUCUCGUCGUUACUCGCACUGGGAGCAGCAUGCCACUGUGUCAAUCUAUUGACGGAUUCUACUCCCACUUCCGAAGUCGACAUCGUCCAGGCUGUUAUCGACCUGAUGCACACCGCCGACCGCUACCAUCAGGAAGGCCUCGAAGCGCUUCGUCACGACAUAAUGGACCUCAACCACAAAAAUCCUCACAUCGCCCACCUCGAAGCGAUCAUGCUCUUUCCAUACCCUCUAGCUAAACGCAGGAUCGUCCGCCUAUUGGAUAGACUAAGCCGGCGUUCUUGCACCCUAACCGCUCCAAUGAUCCCCGCCGAAUUCUCAGAAGACUCUCCCACGAAUCUAGAAUGGAUGGUUUUCCUGCGUGGCAUCACCACCCUCGGCCAGGUGUCCACCCGCCAAAGACAAGGCCUUGCAGACGAUACAAUGAAUGAACUGUAUCUAAUUCAAAACAGCACGUUGGACAGAGCACUCUCCGCCGAGGUCCUUCGAAUGGUCUCGCUCCACACCCAGCGCAACGUAUCUGCUCCACCAGAAUUUCGACCUCUCAUAGGCACCAAACACCCACUGUACCCGGUCGUUUCCGCCACACGAGUCACAGCGAUGCAAAAGCUCCAGACACGGAUCGUCGUCCUGCAGCAACAUACCCGCAGGCUGCAGCAAGACCUGUUUCCGUCGUUUGAAGCGACAAGUCGAAUCUUCGACUAUUCCGCCAGCUUGAUAGCCUGCACACUAGCAAGUGACAUGUUGCGAGGGAUCACCGACACCGUCUUCGACGAGAACGCCGCUCAGUAUCGCUCUGUCGAGCUAGACGAGCAAGAACUAAACACCUCCUGGCUGAAACUUUUCUCUGACCCCCCAGACUUCCACCCGGACUGGCCAAUGCGCCGCGUCAUCAUCUUCUGGGCCAACUGUGUUCCUAAGCAGUACUUCGAUCUUCUCAUGAGCCCUAUCCCGCGUGUUGACCAGGUCCACACGGAGCCGUCACAAGAGAAAGAACUCAUCCUCGCCAUCCACCUCCUGGCAUGGGACAUCUACGUCCAUUGGCUUGCCUUUGCCAUCCUGAUUGAGGGUGAAUGCUGGUACAUCGGCGACCUGGGCACCUCUGACAUCCGCAAGACCAGAGAAAUGCUCAACCGGUACUCCUACAGCUGGGGCAGUGACGUUGUCGGCUUCUGCGAAACCGAGCAGGAUUAUUGGCCCACCGCAAUGUGCUCGAUAGCACAGCAGCUGCAACGGUACAGCUCCCCAUCGCCCAAAUCCCAAGUGUAA